GGCGCAGCGCGGAGGGAGUCGCCCGCGACCACCAGCGGAGGAAACGGCACCACCUCGAGCUCAGAAUCCAUUGAUGACUUGAACAAAUGGGCCCUGUUUCUUGUCUCUCCCUUUAUACUUGAAGCAGAACACAUAGCAUUUGUGACAGAGAGCAUUUGGGUUCAAGGUGACACUUUACAGAGACCAUCUUCUGAAACAAUCGUGAAGUGGUCUGACUGCUGCUUGCCGUUAGCCUGCAGACCUGGGGAUCCCUACCAGCUAAUUGCUGAAGCAAGUGUGGACAACUUCAGCAAGCUGGGAGUGGCAUUCAUGGAAGACAGACUCCAGAUGGAUAAUGGACUGGUGCCCCAAAAGAUCGUCUCCGUGCACUUGCAAGACUCUGCUCUGAAGGAACUCAAGGAUCAGGCUGUACACAAGCAAGCCCAAGUCCUACAGCCAAACCCUGAACCCUCCCUGGAGACCAAGCCUGCACGGGACUUUAUGGAGCACCCUGGCAAGGAUGACCCAAAGGCUCUUCCAGAAGGUUCUUCUCUUCCAGAAGGUUCUUCCAAGCCGAGGAGGGGCAGUGCCUCUGGGAGUGAGCCUCCUGGGGACAGUGAGCAGGGAGCGGGCCCUCUGGAGCAUUUUCACCUCCACCUGUCUAGUUGCCACGAAUGCUUAGAACUUGAGAAUAGCACCAUUGAGUCGGUCAAGUUUGCAUCUGCAGAGAACAUUCCAGACCUUCCCUAUGAUCAUGGCAGCAGUUUGGAGGGUGUUGCCGAUGAGAUCUGCCCUAAAGAAGAAGGGAGGAGAGUCAACAUCACGGGAAAGGCACCCAACAUCCUUCUGUACGUAGGCCCCGACUCCCAGGAGGCCCUUGGGCGGCUUCAGCAGGUGCGGGCCAUCCUGGCUGACUGUGUGGACGCCGACAGCUAUGUUCUGUACCACCUGCAGGAGGAAAGUGUGCUCAGGGACCCAUGGCCAGACAACUGUCUGUUGUUGGUCAUUGCCACCAGGGAGCCCAUCCCUGAAGACCUGUACCAGAAGUUCCUAGCCUAUCUUUCUCAGGGAGGGAAGGUACUGGGCCUGUCUUCAUCCUUCACGUUUGAUGGCUUGCAGGUGACAAGCAAGGGUGUGCUGCAGAAGACAGUCCAGAGCCUGGUUUUCUCCAAGGCUGACCAGAGCGAGGUGAAGCUCAGCGUUCUGAGCAGUGGCUGUGUUUAUGAGGAGGGCCCCGGGAAGCAGCUCAGCCCUGGAAAGCUCCAGGGCCACCUGGACAAUGAGGACAAGGACAGGAUGAUCAUGCAAGUGCCUUUUGGAACCUGCGGAGGGGAAGCCAUUCUUUGCCAGGUGCACUUAGAACUACCUCCCAGCUCCUUCAUGGUGCAGACCCAAGAAGACUUCGACCUGCUGAAAUCCAGCAACAUGAGAAGAUACGAAGUCCUCCAGGAGAUCCUCUCGGCCCUGGGUGUCAGCUGUGACCUGCGAGAAGCUCCUGCCUUAACGCCCCUGUACCUGCUAUUGGCUUCGGGGGAAAUCCGGGAUCCGAUUCUGCAGUGGCUUGGGAGACAUGUUGAUCCUGAAGGAGUAAUAACAUCCAGCAAGCUGUCCCUCAAAUUUGUUUCAUCUUACACAUCUGAAAUAGAAAUCACCCCCUCUUCUCUACCUGUGAUUACCGAGGCAGAGGCCUUCUCGUCAGAGCAUUUUAACUUAGAGAUCUAUCGACAAAAUCUGCAGACCAAGCAGCUUGGAAAAAUAAUUCUGUUUGCUGAAGUGACCCCCACCACCAUGAAUCUGCUGGAUGGGUUGAUGUUUGAGAUGCCACAGGAAAUGGGCUUAAUUGCCAUUGCAGUCCGGCAAACCCAGGGCAAAGGGCGAGGACCGAAUGCCUGGCUGAGCCCCGUGGGCUGUGCCCUUUCUACUGUGCUGGUCUCCAUCCCCCUGAGGUCUCAGCUGGGACAGAGGAUUCCGUUUGUGCAGCACCUGAUGUCCCUCGCCGCUGUGGAGGCAGUGCGGUCCAUUCCCGAGUAUCAGGAUAUCAACCUACGAGUGAAGUGGCCCAACGAUAUUUAUUACAGUGACCUUAUGAAGAUCGGAGGAGUUCUGGUUAACUCAACCCUUAUGGGAGAAACAUUCUAUAUACUUAUUGGCUGUGGAUUCAAUGUAACCAACAGUAAUCCUACCAUCUGCAUCAAUGAUCUCGUCACAGAAUACAAUAAGCAGCACAAUGCAGCACUGAAGCCCCUGCGAGUGGAUUACCUCAUCGCCAGGACGGUGACGGUGCUGGAGACACUGAUCCACACGUUCCAGGACAAAGGGCCCAAUGGUGUUCUUCCCCUUUAUUACAAAUACUGGAUACACAGCGGUCAACAAGUCCGCCUGGGAAGUGCCGAGGGGCCGAAGGUGUCCAUAGUGGGCCUCGAUGACUCCGGGUUCCUGCAGGUUCAUCAGGAGGGCGGUGAGGUGGUGACUGUGCACCCGGACGGCAACUCCUUCGACAUGCUGCGGAACCUCAUCCUGCCCAAGCGGCGGUAGAGCAGGAGCCGGGUGGCACGUGUCUGCAGAUGGCAGGGGCCUGGCAGAGCCACACAGGUGCUCUGCGGGUGUCGCUGCCGCCUUUCCUCACCAGGGGAGCUGGAAGACUCAUGUAGAGUUCUAGGUGGAUUUUUUUUUCCUCCCUCCAAGUCAUUUCAUAAUUCAUUGUUUUUUUUCUAUAUUUCUGGGCUUUUCUGGUUAUUUUGUGGUUGUUAUUUUAUCAGGUAUUUGACGGUACUUCUAGAUAGAGGGUUGACAGGUGGAAGAUUCAGUGUAGGUAAAGCCCCUCGACAGGUGUGAAAUCACUCUUCCCCUUUGGGCUUGAAUUUGUGUUUAUUGGGGGGGAAAUGUUAUGUGGAAACAGCAAAGGACUAAGUCAGAUGCUCUCCCAGGAGAGGAGACCUUUACCACCAGGCUAUUAAGAAGCAAAUCAAGGGCUGGGGCUGGGGCUCAGGUGUAGAGCACCUAGCACUUAGGAAGGCGCUAGGUUUGAUUCUCAGCACCACAUAGGAAUAAAUAAAUAAAAUAAA